AUGUUGAUGUACUAUUUACUUUUACUUUUUAAUAUAAUAAUAUGUUGUAAUGUUACAAAUAUUUAUGGAUAUAUACAGAAUGUUAGAUCACAUGAAGGAUAUAUAAAAAAUUACCAAAUAAAAAAAUAUAAUGGUAAUAUAAAACAAAGGAAGAGAAGCCCUUUAUAUUUAUUAAAAAAUGAAAAGGCCGACGUAAAAAUUGUUAAGUAUCCAGACCCUAUAUUAAGACGAAGAAGCGAAGAAGUAACAAAUUUUGAUGACAAUCUGAAGAGUGUUGUCAGAAAAAUGUUUGAUAUUAUGUAUGAGAGUAAAGGAAUUGGUUUGUCUGCACCACAAGUUAAUAUAAGCAAACGAAUUAUUGUAUGGAAUGCAUUAUAUGAAAAAAGAAAAGAAGAAAACGAACGAAUAUUUAUUAAUCCAUCUAUAGUAGAACAAAGUUUAGUCAAAGUAAAAUUAAUAGAAGGAUGCUUAUCAUUUCCAGGAAUAGAAGGAAAAGUUGAAAGACCUAGUAUAGUAUCUAUAUCAUAUUAUGAUGUAAAUGGAUGUAAACAUUUAAAAAUUUUGAAAGGUAUACAUGCUAGAAUAUUUCAACAUGAAUUUGAUCAUCUUAAUGGUGUCUUAUUUAUUGAUAAAUUAACACAAAUGGAAAAAAAAAAAGUUAGAGCAAAACUUAAUGAGCUAAUUAGGGAUUAUAAAAAUACUCACUCGGAAGAGCCAGCCAUAUAA